CGCCCGGUCCCCGCCGCCCGGUCCCCGCCCGGGCCAUGGAGCAGCUGCUGCGCGCCGAGCUGCGCACCGCCCGGCUGCGGGCCUUCGGGAGCCCCGGGCCCGGGGAGAUCAGCGAGGGUCAGGCCUACGACACCGACGCGGGGCCCGUGUUCGUCAAGGUCAACCGCAGGCCGCAGGCCCGGAAGAUGUUUGAGGGGGAGAGGGCAAGCCUGGAGGCCCUCCACAGCACAGGCCUGGUGCGGGUGCCACAGCCCAGAAAGGUGAUCGACCUGCCGGGAGGUGGGGCAGCCUUUGUCAUGGAGUAUGUGAAGAUGAAGAGGUUGGGCAGCCAGGCGUCAAAACUUGGGGACCAGAUAGCAGAUUUACACCUUUUUAACCAGAAGCUCAGGGAGAAGCUGCAGCAGAGGGAGAACACCGUGGGCCACAGAGCUGAGGGUGCUGAGACCCAAUAUGUGAGCAAGUUCGGCUUCCACACCGUCACCUUCUGCGGCUUCAUCCCUCAGGUGAAUGACUGGCAGGAUGACUGGCCGAGCUUUUUCACUCAGCACCGGCUGCAAGCACAACUGGACCUCAUUGAGAAGGCCUACGGUGACAGAGAGGCUCGAGAGCUCUGGUCAAGGCUACAGGUGCGGGUCCCGGACCUGUUCCGCGGGCUGGAGGUGGAGCCCGCGCUGCUGCACGGAGACCUGUGGGCGGGGAACGCGGCGGAGGACGGCGCGGGGCCGCUGCUCUACGACCCCGCGUCCUUCUACGGCCACUCCGAGCUCGACCUGGCCACCGCGUCCGCCUUCGGGGGCUUCCCCGCGCCCUUCUUCGCCGCCUACCACCGCAAGCUGCCCCGGGCCCCGGGCUUCGAGGGGCGGCUGCGGCUCUACCGGCUCUUCAACUACCUCAACCACUGGAACCACUUCGGGCGCGCGUACCGGGCCGCGGCCCUGGGCGCCAUGCGGGAGCUGCUGGGGUAGCAGGGCCGCGCGGGGA